AUGGAGGUAAAACCGCCACCCGGUCGCCCCCAGCCCGACUGCGGCCGUCGCCGCAGUCGCCGCCGCGGGGGGGAGGAGGGCCAUGAUCCAAAGGAACCAGAACAGUUGAGAAAACUGUUUAUUGGUGGUCUGAGCUUUGAAACUACAGAUGAUUGCUUCAGAGAACAUUUUGAGAAAUGGGGCACACUUACAGAUUGUGUGGUGAUGAGAGACCCCCAAACAAAACGUUCCAGGGGCUUUGGUUUUGUGACUUACUCUUGUGUUGAAGAAGUGGAUGCAGCAAUGUGUGCUCGACCACACAAGGCUGAUGGGCGUGUCGUGGAACCAAAGAGAGCUGUUUCUAGAGAGGAUUGUAAGCCGGGUGCCCACCUAACAGUGAAGAAAAUUUUUGUUGGUGGUAUUAAAGAAGAUACAGAAUAUAAUUUGAGAGACUACUUUGAAAAGUAUUGUAAGAUUGAAACCAUAGAAGUUAUGGAAGACAGGCAGAGUGGAAAAAAGAGAAGAUUUGCUUUUGUAACUUUUGCUGAUCAUGAUACAGUUGAUAAAAUUGUUGUUCAGAAAUACCACACUAUUAAUGGGCAUAAUUGUGAAGUGAAAAAGGCUCUUUGUAAACAAGAAAUGCAAUCUGCUGGAUCAUAGAGAGGUCGUGGAGGUGGAUCUGGCAACUUUAUGGGUCGUGGAAGAAACUUUGGAGGUGGUGGAGGUAACUUUAGCCGUGGUGGAAACUUUGGUGGAAGAGGAGGCUAUGGUGGUGGAGGUGGUGGCAGCAGAGGUAGUUAUGGAGGAGGUGAUGGUGGAUAUAAUGGAUUUGGAGGCGACGGUGGUAACUAUGGCAGUGGUCCUGGUUACAGUAGUAGAGGAGGCUAUGGUGGUGGUGGACCAGGCUAUGGAAACCAAGGUGGUGGAUAUGGUGGUGGUGGUGGUGGAGGAUAUGAUGGUUACAAUGAAGCAGGAAAUUUUGGAGGUAACUAUGGUGGUGGUGGGAGCGAUAAUGAGUUUGGAAAUUAUAGUGGACAACAGCAGUCAAAUUACAGACCCAUGAAGGGGGGCAGUUUUGGUGGAAGAAGCUCGGGAAGUCCCUAUGGUGGUGGUUAUGGAUCUGGUGGUGGAAGUGGUGGAUAUGGUAGCAGAAGGUUCUAAAACCUCAGAAGGGCUACAGUUCUUAGCAGGAGAGAGAGCGAGGAGUUGUCAGGAAAGCUGCAGGUUACUUUGAGACAGUCGUCCCAAAUGCAUUAGAGGAACUGUAAAAAUCUGCCACAGAAGGAACGAUGAUCCACAGUCAGAACAGUUACUGCAGCUUAAACAGGAAACCCUUCUUGUUCAGGACUGUCAUAGCCACAGUUUGCAAAAAGUGCAGCUAUUGAUUAAUGCAAUGUAGUGUCAAUUAGAUGUACGUUCC